AUGGAAGGCUAUGAUACACGGAGGGGUGACGGUGGAAAUGGAGUCGUAGUGCCACCGUGUACGUGUUCGCGCGACGAAUUUCGCCCUCGUGGCGGUGGAAAAGUAUUAUCGCGACUUGUUGCUACUGCAAAAAACGGUUCUUCUGCUUCAGAAUAUGGCAUGGCGGUGACGAGGAACGUUAAGAAAAAGCAAAAGCGUAAAGGUCUUCAGGAGCUGUUCACAGCCGAUUACAUUGUGAACAGUGUGUUUCGGAAGGAUGGUCCUCCGCUCGGUCAGGAGUUUGAUUUUCUUCCAUCUGGAUCCAAAUAUGUCACUUCUGCUUGUCAAGAGGACCAAGGAUCCCCGAAAAGGAGGAAGGUUUCCAAGGGUGCAAUUCAAAGUCUUGCCAAUUGUAACAUGAAAGCACCUGGGAAGAAACAUGGUAUUGGCAAAGGUCUGAUGACAGUUUGGAGGGCAACAAAUCCUGACGCUGGAGACCUUCCAAUUGUUUUUGGCGUUGAUGAGCAAGAAGUUCCUUUAAUUUCAAACUCUAUUGGACAGAAAACGAUCCGGGAAACCAACAGGUCACGGAAAACAGUAAACAGGAAUGUUAUGCCAAAACGUAAAAUGCAGAACAAGAGAAAUAAAUCACAGGAUAAGAGGAAACUUUCCUUGCAAAGAAAAGUGGGAGAAUUGAACUUACAUGUGACUAAGAAUCAGUGCCCUAGCGAAAACUGUGAACUAGCUCUGGAUCAUGCAAUAUCUGAGGAGGGAGUUGAUCGAGUUUCAAUGUUAAUUGAUGAUGAAGAGCUAGAGCUGAGGGAGUUACAAGAAGGAACUGAUCUGUUUAUGUGUUCCAGUCAUCUUGCUGCCAGUGGAAUGCUUGGCUUCUCACUUUGUAAAGAUGCACUAGUGAAGUUUCCGCCAGAUACUGUCAAGAUGAAGAAACCUAUCCAUUUGCAACCUUGGGACUCCUCUCCAGAAAUUGUUAAGAAAUUAUUUAAGGUUUUCCAUUUCAUUUAUACAUAUGCUAUAAUUGUUGAUAUUUGUCCCUUCACUCUUGACGAGCUUGUUCAAGCUUUUCAUGACAAGGACUCAAUGUUACUUGGCAAGAUUCAUGUUGCCCUUCUUACACUUCUUCUAUCUGACAUUGAAGUGGAGCUUACUAAUGGAUUUUCACCUCAUUUAAAUAAAUCAUGUAACUUUCUUGCACUGCUUCACUCGGUUGAAAGUCAAGAAUAUUCCCUGGGCUUCUGGAGAAGAUCACUAAAUUCUCUCACUUGGAUUGAAAUACUCCGUCAAGUGCUGGUAGCUUCUGGAUUUGGUUCAAAACAAGGUUCCUUACGUAGAGAUGUCCUUAACAAGGAAUUGAAUCUUCUUGUAAACUAUGGUCUAUGCCCUGGCACCUUGAAGAGCGAGUUGUUUAAUAUAUUGUCAGAGAGAGGAAACAUUGGAUGCAAAAUUGUUGAAUUAAACCUUGCCAGCACUACAGAGGAACUUGAGCCUUUAAUAUCUUCCACUCUUUCAAGUGAUAUUACUUUAUUUGAAAAGAUUUCAUCAACUGCUUACCGAUUGCGUGUGAGCACAGUUAUCAAGGACAGUGACGAAUCUCAUUCAGAUACGGAGGACUCUGGUAGUGUUGAUGAUGAACUUGAUGACACUGAUACAUGCAGCAGUGGUGAUGAUUAUGAUAAUGAUUCAAUAAACUCUAGAAUGAGAAAAUUAAAGCGUGCAAACAGUCAGAAAAACAACAUGCUGAAAGUAUACACUGAAAUUGAUGAGAGCCAUCCAGGAGAAGCGUGGUUAUUAGGGCUGAUGGAUAGUGAAUAUUCAGAAUUGAACAUUGAAGAAAAAUUGAAUGCGUUGGCAGCUUUAACUGAUCUUGUUUCCUCUGGAUCCAGCAUCAGGUUGAAGGAUUCAUCAAAUGUUACAACUGAUUGCAAUUCUAGCAUCCAAGUACGAGGGUCUGGAGCUAAAAUAAAGAGAUCAUUAAUAAAGAAAGCUGGGCCACUUUUGACCCAGAAAGCACACUUGAAUUCUGAUCCCUGUACUGUAGACUCGUCGUCAUUAUUCUCAAGAUUCCAUAGUUAUGAAGUUUCCUUCCAAAAGGAAAAAGGUUCAUCUAUUUCACACCCCAUUCAAUCAGUGUUUUUGGGAUCUGAUCGUCGGUACAAUAGAUACUGGCUUUUCUUGGGCCCUUGUAAUAUAGAUGAUCCAGGCCACAGGAGAAUAUACUUUGAAUCUUCUGAAGAUGGUCACUGGGAGGUUAUUGAUACUAAGGAGGCGUUGUAUGCCUUGAUGUCAGUUCUGGAUGAUAGAGGAAAACGGGAGGCUCUUCUUAUUGAAUCUUUGGAAAGGAGACAAACAUCACUGUGCAGAUUUAUGUGCAGGAUUAAUACUAAUAGUUCUGGAAUGGGUUCUAUGUCACAUUCUGAUCAAUCUGAACUGGAUAUGGUGACAGAUGACAGUUAUUCUCCUGCAUCUGAUGUAGACAGCCUGAACAUGACUGAGACUGCUAAAGACUCUUCGCCUUCAGCUGGGGCUGUGGUAAUUGAAGGUGGAAAGAAAGUAGAGGAGCAAAUUAAAAAAUGGACCCGUGUUCAAGAAUAUGAUACUUGGAUCUGGAAUUCUUUUUAUUCAGAUCUCAAUGUUGUAAAAUAUGGUAGAAGGUCUUAUCUGGAUUCUCUUGCCAGAUGUAAGAGUUGUCAUGAUCUAUACUGGAGAGACGAAAGGCACUGUAAAAUUUGUCACAUGACAUUUGAGCUUGAUUUUGAUCUAGAAGAAAGAUAUGCUGUCCAUAUUGCCACAUGCAGGGAGAAAGAAAGCAGAAAUACAUUUCCUAAUCAUAAAGUGCUACCGUCACAGAUUCAAUCUCUGAAAGCUGCCGUUUAUGCUAUUGAGUCUGUCAUGCCUGAAGAUGCCCUGGUUGGUGCUUGGAGGAAAUCUGCUCAUAAACUAUGGGUGAAACGGCUCAGACGCACCUCAACUUUAGUAGAGCUUUUACAGGUUCUUGAUGAUUUUGUUGGUGCCAUCAAUAAGGACUGGUUGUUUCAAUGCAAAUUUCCGGAUGGUGUGGUUGAAGAAAUCAUUGCAUCUUUUGCAUCGAUGCCCCAUACAUCAUCUGCCCUUGGUCUGUGGUUGGUGAAGUUGGAUGUCAUAAUUGCCCCCUACCUGGACAGAGUCCAUCCUCUGAAAAAGCAGGGAACCAGUAAGAGUUAA